AUGCUGAACGCUCCAGCCAUUCUAGGAGCUCUCACGCUGGUCCUUUCUCCGACUGCUCAUGUAGCCGCGGCAGAGGAACCAGCGAUCAAUCGCGAGAAUGUCGUCCGUCGGUAUAACCCUAUACGUACGAAGUUGUCGACCACAACCCCGAUGCAGGUCGGCAACGGCAAUUUUGCAUUUGGAGCCGACAUCACAGGAUUACAGACCUUGCUCCCCUUCAACAUACUGUCUUCCUGGUGUUGGUGCAAUGACUCUCUGCCGAUCAAACCCAACCAGACAGAACCAUCAGACUUUACCGGCAUGGACUGGUGGACACAUGACCGUCUUGUGAAUUACGAUAUACAGAACCCGGCGGAACCAGAGAUUUCACAGUGGCUAGUUGCCAAUCCACAUCGGGUCAACCUUGGCCGGGUUGGGUUUCUAUACAAUGGAAAGCAUAUCUCUAUUGAUGUUGUUACAGGGAUAAGGCAGAGUCUUGAUCUGUAUAGCGGCAUUCUAACUUCGAAAUUUAACCUGGAUGGGCAAACAGUUUCCGUUACGACAAUCGGAGACCCAUCUUCUGCUAUCAUUGGUGUUGAUGUGCAGUCAUCGCUGUUGAGGGAUGGGUCCUUGGCUGUGUUCUUUGACUACCCACUGACCACAGGAGUCAAUAAAUUCGAGGCUCCCUUUGUGGGUAACUGGACUUCAGUAGCAGAUCAUACUACUGCCUUGAAUACUAUUACAGCGCAAAAAGCUACAAUCAGACACUCGUUGGGGGGCACAACCUACUAUAACACCAUCGAAUGGGAACAAUCGGGUCAUAUAACAGGCCCGUUUCCUGAGACACACCGAUAUCUACUCCAACCUGCGGGAAAUACGUCUAGGUUCACUUUUACAACACAGUUUGCUGCACUCAAAGAAACGACGAUCAAGCCAUUCAAAGCUGUCAAGGAAGCCUCCACACGCUGGUGGGCUCAAUACUGGGAGUCUGGGUCAUUUGUAGACCUGACGGAAGCUGGAUCUUCAGACGCAGAGGAACUGCAGAGACGUAUUAUUCUCUCUCAGUACCUGCUUGCCGUGAACAGUGCCGGUAAAGAUCCUCCCCAGGAGUCCGGUCUACAAAAUAACGGCUGGUAUGGGAAGUUCCACCUUGAAAUGGUAUUCUGGCAUUUGGGCCACUGGGCGCGAUGGAAUAAAUGGGAUAUAUUAGAGCGUAGCCUGGGUGUGUAUUCCCGGUUUCUCCCCUCGUCUCUUGAACGUGCAGAAAGGCAGGGAUACGCUGGUGCCCGACUGGGAAAGAUGAGUGAUCCAUCCGGAGCAUCGGCUCCUGGGUCACAAAAUGCGUUACUUAUUUGGCAGCAACCACAUCCGAUGUAUUUUGCUGAGCUGGAGUAUCGCGCAUCGCCCAACAUUGACACUCUGAACAAAUGGGAUCAUAUCCUGGAUGAGCUGGCGACGUGGAUGGUUUCUUAUGCGUGGUGGAACGUGUCUACACAGGUAUAUGACCUUGGUCCACCGAUGUAUCCGUCAUCGGAGAACACGAGUCCCAAUUCAACAUACAACCCUACUUUCGAAUUGGCCUAUUGGAGGUUUGGUCUGAAGAUUGCCUCAGACUGGAAAAGGCGUCAAGGCAUCUCUGUUCCUGAAUCUUGGACUCGGGUGUUCAACAAUCUUGCACCAUUGCCCAUAGUACAUGGUGCAUAUUCAAUCUGUGCUGAUCUGCCGGAUAUGUGGAACGAGAGCAGCUAUACAUCCGAUCAUCCUAGCCAAAUCGCCGUCUACGGGCUGCUACCGCCUACCGCAGGUGUAGAUCCAUCGACUGUCCAUGCUACCAUGGAUCUGAUAGCCCAAACAUGGAACUUCACAGCCUCUUAUGGAUGGGAUUUCCCGAUGCUAGCGAUGACAUCGCUCCGUUUGAGCAAUGUCGACCAGGCUAUUUCCUACUUACUCCACUCAAACUUUCAAUUUGAUGAUGUGGGUAACCCUGUGGGAACAGUGGUCCCGACGCCGUAUUUCCCAGCCUCCUCAGCGUUUCUGCUCGCCAUUGCGAUGAUGGCCGGAGGAUGGGAUGGUCAGGAGGGAAUGCAUUUUCCAGAGAACUGGGGGGCGAGGGUUGAUGGGUUUUCGGCGGGGAUAUAA